GUAGAUUUAGUAACAAAGACAUUCCAAAAUGACAGCAUCAGGGACCACAGUUAUUUGUACAUAGACAACUCUACUGGGUCACUAUUUGUUGGUGCUAGGAAUUAUUUAGUACAAUUAAAGUUAGAAGAUAUCAGUGAUAAAAGUGCACUGAAAACAGAAAAGGUUGUGGCUUCAGAUGAGAAUAGGAAGCUGUGUUCCUUUAAUGGGAAAUCAGUCGAGUACUGUCAGAAUUAUAUUAAGUAUAUUGUACGUGUUGAUAACUCCACGCUGUAUUUCUGUGGAACUGAUGCUAAUACUCCGUCAGAAUAUCAAGUAACGAUAAAUGAUAAUAAAUUAGAGAUAUCAUCUCCUCAAAAAGCCACUGCAUGUCCAAGAGAUCCAAAGGACAACACAACAGCAGUUUAUGUCACCAGCGGUAACCCUGGAGACGUACCAGCCCUCUACUCGGCAACAAUCCUUGACAAUGGGAAGGCCACCAUAUCCCGACCACAACUUGUUAAAGAUGGUAAAAAAGUGAGCGAAAAAUUGGAAAAUGCCGACCCCAUCCGCUGGCUAAAUGAGCCCCAGUUUGUUGCCUCCUUUGAUGUUGGGGAAGAUGUUUACUUUUUCUUUCGUGAAAUUGCUCUGGAGUACACAAAUUUCAUGAAGAAAAUGGUCUCAAGAGUAGCAAGGGUUUGUAAGAAAGACCUAGGUGGAAGUAGCUUACUUGUCAACAAAUGGACGACGUAUCAGAAAGCGCGACUUAACUGCUCCUUACCCGGGUCGUUCCCAUUCUAUUUUGAUUUAAUUCAGGAUGUACAAUUGGUGAAUAAUACAUUUUACGGAUUGUUUAUCUCCUCUGUGAAUGGGUCGUCUGGUUCUGCCAUCUGUGCCUUUACGGUGGACUCGGUCAAGGACAGGUUUGCUGACCGGGUGUACAAGUACCGGGAAACACCAAACUCCAUCUGGACCCCCCUCCCUGCCAGUAAAAUCCCCGAUAAAAGUGAGCCAGGGAAGUGUAUCAACGAUUCAAAGAGCCUUAAGGAUGUUGAGGAGAAUUUUAUGAUGGAGUAUCCUCUUAAGGAUGCUCCAGUACAACAACAGGGGAACAAACCCCUGGUCUUUAUGGAUGGCAUCCAGAUGCAUGUCCUUCAAGUGGAUAAAGAACGAAGUCGUCAGGGAGGGUCCCUCAUUCUCUACGCUGCCUCAAAUACAGGAGAAGUGUACAAGAUUCAUUCCUGGGAUAAUGGCAAAAAGCAGGCCAUAUCUACAGUGUUCUCACCCUUACCUAAAUCAGAAGUCAUCUGGGACAUGAA